GAUAAAAUAAUUGCAUUUUCAGAAAACAGACAAAUCAAAACUUGACAAGUGUCAAGCAAAACGUAAUUCGUAAACUUUGUGUUACUCGAUACAGGAGCGAUAUUGCAUCGACAAUUAAGUCAUAUAAUGAAGUAUAUAAUAUUAAGAUAAUUUUAUCGAGCGAAGAUAACGGGUUGUGUUUUCAGAAAAUAGAUAGAAACAAUUUAAACAACUGUCAAGCAAAGCGAAAUUUGUAAACACCAAUAUAAGCCAUGUACGGGUUCUUUGAGUGCUCGAAAUGCAAGUCUAAAUGGGAAAGUGCAAAGGUUUAUCCUAAGAAUUUCGGAAAUCAGUACUAUGGCCAAGAAUGCAAGUCCUGCAAGAUCAUGUGCCAGCCCUACAGGGUGGAGGAGACUAUGUGCUCAUUGUGCGGUGAAGUUGCCAGAACAUGCGGAUGUGACAAGACCCGCCACACCGACCCGAACAAACCCCAUCGCAGCGAUCUCUGCGAAAAAUGCCGAUCUGGGAACCGAUGCCAGUAAAGAAAAUUAAGUUGAUAUAAAUGACCAAAUACAGUAUGAGUAUAAGAAAAUGUGAUUUUGAAGACCUCGUGGACCAAAAACACAUACGUAUUUAUUUUACUAUUGAUUCAAUUUUAUUGAUUGAUACGUGUCCUUUAAACAUGUCGUGCGUGCAAGAAUGUUCAACUGAUAUGAUUGAAUUUACUGAUUUUAAUUUGUUACGUUUCUCGUGCAAUUCUAACCAUUAUAUGUAAAUUUCUUCAAAAAUUAUAUAUAUAUUUAUAUUAUGCUAAAAAUAAAGCAAACGUGAUCUUUAAAGUUCAAUAGAAUAUAAUAAGGUUUGAAAUUAUAGUCUAAAAUGGUAAUUAAUGGCUCAUGUGUUUUAUUUUUGAUGUAUUCUCGAUAUAUUAAAACGCAUAGAAAGAUCAAA